AUGACAGUUGGGUUAUCCGUAGUUGGAACUGCGGCUGAGACUAACCGCACUUGGAUCUUCGGAAUGGUUAGAACUAGAGGUGCAUUAUCUUAUCGUGGUGAGGCUUCAUCCUCUCGUCGUGAGCCAUCAUCUUCAUCACAUGAUGAAAGAAGACGACCUACGACAUCUGCUCAUAGAAGACGGGAGGAUGCUCAGCAGCAGGAUGACUCUAAUGAGGAAGAACAUGAAGCUGAAGGUAAAGAUGAAGAUGAAGAUGGUGGAUUCCCAGGAGGUCCACAUGACACAUCCUUACUUACCCACUAUACCCAGCAUGUUACAUUUGCCACAUGGCAAGGCCGGGAUCGAAGGGGGAUAAAGGUGGUCUCCCAUGACAAAAAAUUGAAGCAUUUUGGAAUACACCAUGAGGCCAUUGAGCCUUAUAUCUCUAUGUCGGGGUUGGGUUCUUUAGUGAACCUCUCAUACGAGUAUGCCGAUCAUGGAUUGAUCGUUGCCCUUUCAGAGAGGUGGCACCUAGAGACUAAUAUUUUCCACCUACCGAUAGGUGAGAUGAGUGUCACAUUAGAUGACGUUCUGAAUCUGUUCCACCUACCCAUCAUGGGUCAAUUUUGUGAGGUUGAGGAGUUAGAGUAUGAUGAGGCUUGA